AGUGACCCUCAAUAUUCGAGUUUAGUACACUCGUCUCCUGAGAUCGUUGGGUUAACGAUAAACUAAUUACCAAGUUACCGAAUUUUAUACUAGUUGAAUUGGGUAACCGACAUCAUCAUUUUAUAUGGUAAAAAAUUUGAACUAUAUCGCGUGACUCGAUUCACAAGUCGCAUUUAGUAGCUGAACCAAAGAAAAAGAAAAAAGAACAGUUUGACGCUUGUUAUUCCAAGCUUGAGUCUGAUGUGAUAAGCAAAGGUGGUGAAUCAAAUCACACGGGCAUUUGCUCCAGCAAAUAUAGAGAGGCAUCGAGAAGUUACCACGGGUUAUGAUUAUGAACAAAUUACACUCAAAGUUUUUUACUUUUCACCACAAUGCUUAUCAGUUCGAGCAACGAGUCUCAACCCAUUUCAUCCAUAGCAUUGUGGAUGCAACCCAGUCUAAGUUCGACUCCAAUCUACUACUAAAGCGGUUAUCUGUUUCUGGUCGAAUCGAUGAUGCCCGCCAAGUGUUCGAUGAAAUGCCGAGCAGAGAUGAGUUCACUUGGAAUACUAUGAUAGCUGCUUAUGCCAAUUCAGGAAGACUAACCGAAGCUAAACAAGUCUUUGAUGCCACCCCAAGUAAGACUGCCAUAACUUGGUCCUCACUCAUAUCUGGGUAUUGUCGAAAUGGGUGUCAAAGCGAAGCUUUUGAAUCGUUUUGGCAAAUGCAGCUUGGGGGAGAAAGGCCGAGCCAGUACACAUUGGGCAGUGUACUGAGGUUGUGUGCUGCAUUGGGUUUGAUCAAAAGAGGUGAAAUGGUGCAUGGAUAUAUGGUGAAAACCCAGUUUGAUAGUAAUGUUGAUGUAGUUACUGGUUUGGUUGACAUGUAUGCAAAGUGCAAGCGCGUUUUUGAAGCUGAAUGUGUAUUUGAGAGUUUGUGGGAUAGGAGAAAUCAUGUCGUGUGGACUGUCAUGCUUACCGGGUACUCUCAGAAUGGGGAUGGCUUGAAGGCAUUGAAGUGUUUUCGGGAUAUGCGAGCACGAGGGGUUGAAUCCAAUCAGUUCACAUUCCCUAGCGUAUUGACUGCUGCUGCGUCGGUUUUAGCCCUUGGUUUUGGGGCUCAGGUGCAUGGAUGCAUUAUUCAGACUGGUUUUGGGCCUAAUGUGUUUGUUCAAAGUGCAUUGGUUGACAUGUACGUGAAAUGUGGAGAUCAUAUCAGUGCAAAGAAGGCACUAAGAAGCAUGGAGGUUGACGAUGUUGUUUCUUGGAACUCGAUGAUUGUUGGAUGUGUAAGGCAGGGGUUUACACGAGAAGCUUUAUCGUUGUUUAGAGAAAUGCGUUCAAGUGAAAUGAAGAUUGAUGAUUAUACAUAUCCAUCAGUUCUGAACUCAUUUGCUGCACUGAAGGACGUUAAAAAUGCAAUGGCGGUUCAUUGUCUGAUAGUUAAGACUGGAUUUGAGGUUUAUCAACUUGUAGCCAAUGCUCUGGUUGAUAUGUAUGCUAAACAGGGAAAUAUAGAAUCUGCACUUGAGAUGUUUAGGCAUAUUCCAGACAAAGAUGUUAUCUCUUGGACCUCUCUGGUAACAGGCUAUGCACAGAAUGGCACUCAUGAAAAAGCACUUAAAUUAUUCUGCGAGAUGAGGGAUGCAGGGAUCUGUCCUGACCAAUUUGUCAUUGCCAGCAUUUUGAGUGCCUGUGCAGAACUGACACUUUUGGAGUUUGGCCAACAAAUUCAUGCAAAUUUCAUCAAGUCUGGCCUUCAAGCAUCAUUAUCAGUAGAUAAUUCCUUUGUAACGAUGUAUGCAAAGUGUGGGUGUCUAGAAGAGGCUAAUAGAGUUUUUGAUUCUAUGCAAGUUCAAAAUGUGAUUACUUGGACAGCUUUGAUAGUUGGUUAUGCCCAGAAUGGUAGAGGAAAGGAGUCUCUAAAAUUCUAUGAUCAAAUGCUUGCAACUGGCACCCAACCAGACUUCAUUACUUUUAUUGGCUUGUUAUUUGCUUGUAGCCAUGCUGGUCUUCAAGAAAAAGGUCAGUACUACUUUGAAUCGAUGAAUAGGGUUUAUGGAAUAAAACCAGGUCCUGAGCACUAUGCAUGUAUGAUUGACCUCUUGGGGCGCUCAGGGAGGCUUAACGAGGCUGAGGCAUUAGUUAAUCAAAUGGCUGUAGAACCUGAUGGGACUGUAUGGAAGGCACUACUUGCUGCAUGUAGAGUACAUGGGAAAAUAGAGCUGGGAGAGAGGGCUGCAGAGAACCUAUUUAUAUUGGAGCCUAUGAAUGCUGUGCCUUAUGUUCAGUUAUCUAACAUGUAUUCUGCAGCUGGUAGAUGGGAAGAUGCGGCAAGAAUCAGAAGACUGAUGAAAUCAAAGGGAAUUCUUAAGGAGCCUGGAUGUAGUUGGAUUGAGAUGAACGGCCAAGUUCAUACCUUUAUGUCUGAAGACAGAAGCCAUUCAUGCACAACUGAAAUAUAUUCAAAAAUUGAUGAGAUCAUGAUGUUUACAAAGGAAGCUGGAUACAUGCCAGAUAUGAAUUUUGCACUACAUGACAUGGAUAAAGAGGGGAAGGAGCUUGGCCUAGCAUAUCACAGCGAGAAGUUGGCCAUUGCUUUUGGCCUUCUCACCACACCGCCAGGGGCACCAAUUCGAGUUUUUAAGAAUCUCCGGGUUUGUGGAGAUUGUCAUACUGCAAUGAAAUAUAUAUCACGGGUUUAUCUUCGUCAUAUUAUAUUGAGGGAUUCAAAUUGUUUUCAUCAUUUUAAAGAAGGGAAGUGUUCUUGUGAUGACUACUGGUAGAAACUUCAUCGGCUAAGCAUUUUUCUUUAUUGGUGGGAAAUCAAUUGGUCGGUUCAUGGUGGAACACUUCACUGGUUGAGCGACUCCCUCUACUUUUUUCCCUUCUUCUCUGAUGUUUUUGGGUUAUGUAGAUCUGGAUUUUCAUUGAUGAACCUACAGUUUAGAAUCUUUCAUGUUUGACACAGAUGAAAAUUUGAAACUGCUGGGACUUCUAUAAGCAAUAUUCCUCAAUCCUAUGACAGUAACUGAACACUGACUAAAAGUGGUUGUGGGAGUUCAAAACAUGUACCUUGAAAGUGACCUCCAGCUUCUAAUUUCAAAGCUUGAAGGACCUCAAUAUGAUAUUCUUACUGAGAAGCAAGCUUUUCCCUGCACCAAUUAUGGAUAGGCCAUUCCCCCCAUCCGUUGCAGAAGUGGAGGCCAGAUUUUGAUUCGAAUAAUCAUCGAAUUACUUAGUUGGCUGUUUGGGUUCGACCGUUGGGAAUUAACAACUGUGCCAUGUGGUUGUUUGGAACUGGCAGCGAAGGUAUGCAAUCGUACAGGGUCAAACAGAGGGAUUUUACUGGAAACUAUUAGACAGUUGAUCUCUAAUUAACUUGACUGCUAGAGAUGAGGAGAGGGCUGAAGAGCUUCACACUUCAAGUGUUUUUCCACGUGACUGACACUGCUCGCUUUGCAGAGUUCAUUAAAAUCCAGUUUUGGCAGAACUUGAUAUAUCGGAAGCAAGACAAUUUGAUUGGAAUACCUAUCACAGGUUUAUCUUGGCAGGGGCAUGCAAGCUUUUUAAACGCCAGGACUGCCUGGGAGCACACCGUCGUAAACUUCGAUAAAAAAACAAUUGCAAUUUUGCCUACUGU